UCCCUUCUCCGCCUGCAGCCAGAUAACAGCCGCAACAGUUGGAGCGAGAGCCGGGCACGUCCGCCUCUGCAACCCCCCUAUGGACACCAGCGCAGUGUGACUCUCCGUGUGCCGCGCGUUGGGAAGCCAGUACUGAGUGUCUGUUACUGAAGAAGGUCUUUCGAGACACCGUCGAUAAAGACGAAGGCUAUAGGGGAGAGAACGGGGGAGAACGACGCAGCUUUCCGGUAACACAGCUCCAUGGUGGCCAAACGGCACCAUGAGCGUCCCGCUUUACGCGCCGACUCCCAUCCAGCCGGCUCACCCGACACCCUUCUACAUCGAGGACAUCCUGGGGAGGACCGCCGCCACCUUCGCCUCUUCGUCCGCCUCCUCCUGCUGCACCACCCCGAUCGUUCCCACGCCGACCCUGCCGUCACCCAACUCCUCCUUCACGAGCCUCGUCUCGUCGUACAGGACGCCGAUAUACGAGCCCACGCCAAUCCCGGCGCUCUCCCAUCACGCCGCUGCUGCCGCCGCACUGAGCGCAACGUACGCCUCGGCCGGGGCUUUCGCCGGGUCCAUCUACCCGUUCCACCACCAGCACCACCGCUCCAUGGGGGAGUACGCACACGCGCUGCUGAGGCACGACCCUCUCGGCAAACCUCUGCUCUGGACUCCCUUCAUACAGCGGCCCUUGCACAAGAGAAAGGGCGGCCAGGUCCGCUUCUCCAACGACCAGACCAUCGAGCUGGAGAAGAAGUUCGAGACGCAGAAGUACCUCUCGCCCCCGGAGAGGAAGAGGCUGGCCAAGAUGCUGCAGCUCAGCGAGAGACAGGUCAAAACCUGGUUCCAAAAUCGACGAGCGAAGUGGCGGAGGCUAAAACAGGAAAAUCUCCCGGGGGGUAAGAGGGAGACGGAUGAGGACGGCGCCGCCAGCGGGAGGAGCAACACGGGAGACCACACGACCGAGCCCUCUGGGCCCCGGAGCCCGCAGCAGAGACAGACACCACCGGCCUCGGAGCCGGCGCAGGCGGGCCGCUGCAUGGCGCGCUCCGGGUCCCCGCAGCAGCAGAGCCGCGCGGAGCGGGACUCUGACGUGUCAGACGACACGGACCAGGAGCUGGACAUCGAGGACGACGAAGCUUUCACGCUGAUCCCGUAGCACAGAACUGCGCGGCCCCACACGGACACUGGGCCCGCUUUGACUUUUGGAGCCCGAUGAUGAAGAUCAGCAGAAUCCUCUGACGCUCAUCGUCACCCCGCGUUGAUUGUCUUCUUCAGCCACAACGAAGGACACGUUGAUAGACUUAAAAUCUCCUGAUGUAAUAUUCAUACAUAUGGAGUAUGCAUCCUGAUGUAUUAUUCACCCCUCUCACGGGACGAUCGCCUCUUUAGACUUCUAGCACUGCUGUAUUUGUGUUCAUUGUUUGUGUGAUAUGUGGAUCCUGGAUGUUGUAUCGGAUAAUGUGCGCUCGUGCUCAUAAAUCCAUGGGCCGUUGCCUAAAAAUGUGGUGUUACAAUAAAUAAUGAAUGCAGCGCAAAUUAUGUAUUGUUGGGUGAUGAUAUCCAAUAAACUUUUUUACUAUG